GGAGAAUGGUAACGGCUUCCAAUUGAUGUCAGCAGGCAGCUAUGGGAGGCGCAGUUCUCGGCGAUGCAGUUCGGCAAUAAUGCGAAAACCGUCAGCAACAUCACGUGCGUAUGGUAUAUCACAAGGUACGGAAGCAGGUCGACUGGGAGACGAUUCUACUCUUGGCCAGGACAUGAUCAACAGGAACUCACAAAUUGUUCCUGGACCUGGAGGCUAUUACAAACAUCCUCAGAGUAGCCUGCUCAUGGCGCCGGACUUGUUUGCCUUAGACGAGGAUCGCAAUUGUCGGGCUUACGAGAACGAGAUCACGAAUCAACUCGAACGCAGAUCUUCGUCUGGUAGUAUCUUGAAAGGCAGACCACAAGGACGGAAGAGCGUGCAAGAAAUGCAAAUGCAAAACAACGGGCCUGCUCUUGAAGAAGCAGACGAGAAAAUGCUCGUGGAGAACGAAAGAGCAGGGAAUUCGGUAUUCAUGCAGGAUUAUGCAUACGAACCCGAAAUAGACUUCGAGGUCGAGCGACUAAGCACCGCGUUCGUUCAGGAGCGCCCUGACGAUGGUGAACGGGAAAGGGCAAGCGUCCGCACUAACCUUUCGCAAGCAACAUUCGAAGAACUACAGGCGUCGUCGGAGUAUAGGCCUGAGGAGAUUCUCGAGAACAAGGAAGUCGACGGAGGCGGGAGAGCCUCUUUGGCGCAAGACGGCCAAUGCGGUUUGACAUCAUCUAUGCAAGCUGGAGCUCAAGACGCAAGACGAUCUGGUGCAGUCGAACCACAGCUGCCUGCAGGCACGUCUGUCGGCGCUGCAACCACCAACAAACAUCAUGACCUUAAACACAAGUCUCAUCAUGCGAAAGAAGACGUAAGCGCAACACGACAGAGCGGAGUUUGUAUGGCCCCUGAAAAUAUAUCGCUUGACCAUUUCGCUGUUAGUAGUAAG